AUGAACGAAGAUUUAUCUUGCUUAAUCCUAAGUUCCACUAGCUUAGGAUUAUCUGCUCUUAGCAUCCUCUUCAUAUUCUACCAUGCCUUCGUAGACUUUAAUUUCAUAAUGCAUUUCACAUGUUUCAUCGGUGCCUGCAUAAUCACCGCCUUGGGAACGUUGGAUUUCUUCCGCGCCAUCUACCUAAUAAAAUUCUCUACAAGUCUCGUAGGCAUCUACUUCAUCUCUACUUCGAUCACAGUAAUACUUUCCUGCUACAUAAUACUCCAAGUAGGCACCAACUUUUACCAAGAUUACAAUAUCGUAAGAACAACCUUAAUGUAUGCACCUAUCGUGGUAACUUUUGGAGUUUUUGGCUGCUCGGUAUUUACCACCGUUCAAUUUUUAUUGUCCGAAUCCCAAAAUCCAGACCCCACAUUUAUGAAUAUCACAUUAGCCCUAAGUCUCCUCUCUGGCUUCUUAACGCUCCUUUACGCUAUUGCCCCUUUAUACAACAUCCGUUAUCAGACCAAACUUCAACCAGAACAGACAGCCAUUUCUAUCGUUCAUUUCUCCAUCGUACUCAUCCUUUUCAUCUCUCAUUUCGUAAUUUACGGUAAAGUCGUGUUGGAUAGCCAAUUCUUGGAAAUGAGAAUAAGCGCGAUACAUAAUAUAAUAUUAUUACUUAUAUUUCCUGGGUGUCUGAUUAAGCCGCCUAGAACGUUGGUAAAGAAGAUUAAGAGAAAUGUGUUGGGUGUAGAGGAGCUAACCAUUGGCGGAGAUUAUAGGCCGGAUAUGUUACCUAAUAAUUACGCUGAUACUGCUCCGGGACCUAAGAUUUCGCAUCUAACCCCCGAGCUCAGAAAUAACAGAGAUGUUAAUAAUAACAAUAAUCUUACAGUCAAAAAUUCAAAUAACAUUAGAAAUGUUGAUCCUAUAAACGCUAGUUCUAAAAAUAAGAAUGGUAAUGAUAACUUUACUUAUUCACCGCAGGAGCUCUCGUCGAACACGAUAAAUGUGCAAUUAAACAAAGUGAAUGUAAUUGGUAGUGACAGUUACCUUAAUGGAAGCAAUAGCUUCCCCAAUGUCAAUAACGAAUUUAAAGGAAUCAAUAAUUCCUUUAUUGAUAAUAUCUUCAAGGGUAGUAGAGUUAAUGAACUUCCAGAAAUUGCGAAAAGAGCACGUAAUUAA